UCGUUCUGGUCAUGCAUGGCAACUUAGGAUCUUCAGCAGACUGGGUUGUAACUGGUCCCAGUAAUGGUUUAGCUUUUCUUUUGGCUGAUAGCGGCUACGAUGUGUGGCUCGGAAAUAAUCGCGGAAAUACUUAUUCUAAAAAUCACACAAUAUUUCUGGAAACAAGUUACGGAUUUUGGGAUUUUAGGUUCCCCUGGGCCUUAGAUACCGAGUGUCAUAUCUUUGUGUUCGUCUCUUUCCGACUGCGAUCGGAAGUAAAGGGCCGCUUUCACGCGGGAACCGAUAGAGGCACCCGGAAAUCUCCGAAAGUUAGGUUAGGUCCGAGCGGGUGUCAUCGAGACGAGACGAGUGCGCUUGCACUCAACAAAAUAGUGUCUGCUCUCCUGACUGACACUGGUCACCCUGCUGCUACUACACUGGACGACUCUACAGUUUACUACUCCUACGAAACCAUACGAAAUCGAGAGUGUUUGCUUUUGGAGGUGACGUUUUCAAAAGAACACUUGACUCUUUCCCAACCGCGAAAAACCUUCUCUUCAAGUUCAUUCCCAGCGAUAACCUACAAACAGUGA